GUCUCCGACUCCAAAAAAAAUGGCGUCACUCUUACUUAUUUUCCUGUUCUUGGGGUUUAUGUUCGAAGUGAAGUGUUUCCCGGCUUCUGUCAACGAAUCCAUCUCCUUAAGAAAUGAAAAUAGAUUGCUGACCGUGCUAGGGAGACGAUUCCACUUCAACGAUGCAGAAGUGGAAGCAACAAAGGAGUUGAUUGAAGAUGAGGACAACAACAUUGACCCUGAACAAGACAAAAUAUUGUUCCGGCUCCAGGUUGAAGAAAUCGAGAGAAAACUAAAAACGAUGAGCAAUGAGGAAAUGGGAAUGAUAAGACAAGUUUUUGUUCGUAAUAUGGGGCCGGACAGAGCAGAGGAGGUCUUCGGUGCUGCAGAAUUAAUAUACGAAAGGGAAAAAGAAGCAAAUGAAAAGUUGCCAAAAUCGUUUCAACUAAACAGAGGAGAAGAAGAGGCUUUUGAGGAUCUUGUUGAGGAUACCAAAGAAGGAUGGGAUCCAGAAAUGGAAGAUCUGGAGUUCAAGCUCGGACUUUCCGAACUAAAAGACAUCUAUGGCCAACUGUCCCCGGAGCAGGAAGAAAGAUUAAGAGACCUGGUGGAGGUAGAAUUUGGAUCGGAGGAGGCAGCCUUGAUAAUCAAGGAAAUCAAGGCGAUCCACAAGGAAAUGUUGACGUUAGAAGCGAACACCAACGGAAAUAAUGGCAUCAGAUUAGCUGCGGAGAUAGUCGACAGAGUAGCUGACGAUCAAGAUAAUAGGAGGUUUUGGGGCGAGUUACAUGUGGACGUGCCCGAUGAGACAAGUGAAGGCAAUCUCGUUGACAACGGCUUGGAAGAAGUCAAAGCUAUUGGAAACACUUAUUUACUACAGGCUGCAGGAGCAAAUCUAACCCAAGGACAAGGCGUAGGCGCAAGUCAUGUCCCUGCAGAGACUUCAGGUCGAACCCCAGUUCACGCACAGCCUGCAGGUGCAAACCAUGAUCAAGCACAGUCUACAGGUGCAAACCAUGACCAUGC